UUUGCAGUCUUUCGGCAAAGAGUGCAUAAGGAAGGUGUUCUCUGCCCAAGACUCCAAGAAGUCUUUUGAUCUAAACAUCCACAGCAAUGAAGAAGGUCUUUGAUCAAACUGUCAGGGACAUUAAGAGGGAGGUGAAUAAGAAAGUGCUUAAAGUUCCUGGAAUAGAACAGAAGGUUCUUGAUGCCACGAGCAAUGAACCAUGGGGUCCCCAUGGAACGCUUCUUGCAGAUAUUGCGCAGGCUUCCAGAAACUAUCAUGAGUACCAGAUGAUAAUGGGGGUAAUCUGGAAGCGGAUCAAUGAUACUGGCAAGAAUUGGCGGCAUGUCUACAAGGCAUUGACUGUUCUGGACUACCUGGUUGCUCAUGGAUCUGAACGUGUCAUAGAUGAGAUUAGAGAACAUGCUUACCAAAUAUCAACAUUGUCCGAUUUUCAAUACAUCGACUCUAGUGGAAGGGAUCAGGGAAACAAUGUUAGGAGGAAGUCUCAGAGUCUUGUGAUGCUGGUGAAUGACAAGGAACGGAUUAUCGAAGUUAGACAGAAGGCUGCUGCCAACAAGGACAAGUUCCGAAGCGUGUCAUCAUCUGGUGGAAUGUAUAGGCCAUCAGGUGCAGGUGAUAGAUAUGAUGAGGAUCGCUAUGAAGGCCGAUAUGGGAGCAGGGAUGAAUAUGGCUAUGGUAAAGAGAGAGAGUGGGGCUACAAGGAUGAGGAUCGGUACAGUAGAAAUGGAGAUUCCUAUAGUCGCGAUGGAGACCGUUAUGGCCGAGACUAUGAAGAACGUAAUGGAAGAGAAGGUGACCGGGAUGAUGAUUACCGAGGAAGAAGUCGAAGCAUUGACGAUUAUCAAUAUGGCUCAUCGAGAAGCAGAAGUCAUGAUAGAGAUAGAGACCGUUCUGUGGAUGAUGAUGGUCAAUACUCAUCCCGAGGCAGUGCUGGCAGGGCUGACGAUAAUACUCAAGAUGAGAGGCGGCUUGAUCGAAAGUACUCUGAGCAAAACAUUGGUGCGCCUCCUAGUUAUGAAGAAGCUAUUGGUGACUCUCGAAGUCCUGCUCACAGUGAAAGGGAUGUAGAGACUUCAGCAACAUCUGCCCCUAAACCUUCUUCACCCCCUGUCACUGAUAACACUAGCCCACCAGCUAAUGCCCCUGGUUCUUCUGCAUCUCCUGCAAAGCAGGAAUUCGAGACUUUUGAUGAGUUUGAUCCACGUGGUCCACUUUCAGCUGCCCCUACUACAUCAAAGAGUGCAGAAACAGACUUGCUUGGCUCUUUGUCAGAUUCAUUUUCUGUGAACCCAUUAGCUAUCAUGCCAGUAACAUCUGGAACCUCUGCUCCUGAAGCUGAUGCUGCAGCUAACACUAACUUUGGACCCACAUUUGCUGCAGCUCCACCAUCAGCAUCUAAUGUCAUGAACCAGUCAUUUGAAGAUCCAUUUGGUGAUUCACCUUUUAAAGCUACCUCAACUGGAGACAACGCCCCUGUCCAACCACCAGCUGCCACACCUGUAGCUACUACUAUGCAGCCAAAUGUGAACCAAAAUGCUGAAAUGCCUCAAAUGGGUGGCUCAAUGGCAGAAACAACAGUCAAUUAUGACUUUGGGGGUUCAUUGUCUGGCUUAACAUAUGCUCCAGCUAGCGCACAGAAUUCACCGUUUUACUCUGAGCCUAACCCAAACACUGAUAUUUUGGCGGAUAUUCUUCCUCCAUCUGGACCUCCAGGCGUCGCUGCACCACAGGCACCAUUUUCUGUGCCAAGUGGUCAUCCUGCUCAGUUGCAAGCUAGUAUGUACGGUAACUUUGGUUCACAGAGUGGUCCCGUUGCUCCGGUAGCUUCACAAGUCCCUCCGCAUAUGCAAACUGGACCGAUGCCGCAAUUUAACUAUGGGAACUUCCCACAGCAAAUGGGAACUUCAGUUCCUAAUGGGAAUGUCUUCCCACAGGCAGGAGCUGCUCCACCACCACCUCCACACAUGGCUCCACAGAAUAUGCCGCCUGCGCACAUGACCGGCGGAAGCUUUUUACCAUCAGGAGGUACAUCUACCGUAACUUCUCAUAUGCCCCCACAGCAAGCGUCAUUUGGAGGAGCUAUACAGCAGAACAAUAAUGUUCUUGGCAACUUACUUCCACAAACGGGGCAAAAUUCUCAGGUGGCUUCGCAGCCACCUCUUUCAUCCUCAACUGGUGCACUUGCUAUUGUACCUCAACCAUCAAAGGACAAGAAGUUCGAGACUAAGUCAACUGUAUGGGCUGAUACGCUGAGCCGAGGGCUUGUUAACUUGAAUAUAUCUGGACCAAAGACCAAUCCACUAGCAGACAUUGGAGUUGAUUUUGAUGCAAUAAAUCGGAAGGAGAAGAGGAUGGAAAAACAGUCUGCUGCUCCUGUAACAUCCACGAUCAACAUGGGCAAAGCUAUGGGAUCAGGUACGGGAAUGGGCCGCGCUGGUGCUAGUGCUCUUAGGCCUCCACCUAACCCUAUGGCUGGUUCCGGCAUGGGCAUGGGCAUGGGAAUGGGAAUGGGAAUGGGCGGUGGUCAAGGGUCUGGCAUGGGCAUGAAUCAGCCUAUGGGCGGUUAUGGAGGCAUGAAUCAGCCUAUGGGCAUGGGAAUGGGGGUGAAUAAUAUGGGGAUGGGUAUGAAUGCGGGGUAUAACAUGGGCAUGGGGAUGAACAUGGGAGUUGGGCAAGGAGCUCCGAUGCAACGGCCAACUGGCGUACCUCCCGGAUCAUCGAUGCCGGGUGGUUAUAACCCCAUGAUGGGUGGAAAUCCGUAUGCUCAACAGCCAUAUGGUGGUGGAUAUCGGUGAAAGGUAGUGAAGUGUGUGCCCCAAUGGCGAAAGCGGUAAAAUAAUUACAUGAUAAUUUUGUGAGGUGUGGAUGUUGUCAUAGCGAACAGGCACUAUUCUUGUCCUUACUCUGCGGUAAGUCUCCUUGAAGAUACAAAGGCAUAGUUUCUCGUAUGAUUACGGGUAAUAUUCUGUCUGCUGCAAAGUAAUUUUGUAUGGUCUGGGACUACCGCGCCUUGAACUAUAGAGUUGAGAUAGGUACCCUCUGUAUUGGAGUUGCUGUGAUAUUAAGCAAUGGUAUAGGACAUGCUUCUGGGAUUAUCAGGAACUCUCCCUUUUACAGCUAUUCUUUUUUUUAACUUUUUGUAUCAGUUGCCUGAGAUUCUUAGUGUGAUUGAGCAUGAAGAAUAAAUACUUGUACGUCAAUUUUUGUAUAAAAUUGUGCUUUGCUUA